CAUUUGUUGGACCAAUGUGGAAAAUGACGACUUUUCCACAUCAUCGUCUCUCGCAAAACUGUUUGGUUUCUUCCUCCUGACGAAAAGAAAACUUCUCCUGAUAUUACAUACAAAACCUAUACAUAUAUAAACCCUUCCCGAUUUCAUUCCUCUUUGCCAUUUUCAUCCAUCAAAUUGUAACAAAUUCAAGCAUUUGCUUUUAUUUUUCGACUUUUCUUGUUUCUAGGGUCACGGGAUUAGAAUUAUCGAUAGCAAAACUGCAAAAUAGCCGAAUCAAUCAAUCAAUAUAUAGGGCUUCUUCCUUUGUAGUAUUGUUGAAGAGUCUCCAUAUAUAGAUUUUUCGUUUUCUUUCGAAUUAGGGCCUGGAAGAAUAGAAAAUUUGACUGCUGAAUACAGUUUAGUUGACUCAAUCGAUCAAAGGGUUUCCUGUUGCUGUGGAGUUUUUGCAAUUUGAGCUUUUUCUUUUCUAUUCCGAAUUAGGGGUAGGAUUAAUCAUCUAGAGUAAUGUUCUUCAGUGGCGAUCCUUCCAAUCGGAAACGAGUUGAUUUAGGCGGUCGUAGCUCAAAGGAAAGAGAUAGAAAGAAGCUUUUAGAGCAGGCGAAGUUAGAGAGGAAUAAAAGAUCACAGCUGCGCCAGCAAAACUCAGCUGCUCUCACAAUUCAGAAAUGCUUUAGAGGAAGAAAAGUUGUGAAAUUGGAGCGUGGUAGUGCACGAGAGCAAUUUUAUACCACUUAUGGAAAACACUGUGAAAGAGUAGACAGGCAAUGCUUUGGACCAGAUUCAGAAUUUCUUCGGGAAUUGCUAUAUUUUCUUAGUCCACGAAAUGCUUCAGACAUUUCUACCCUUGUGGAGGCAUGCCGUUUGUUUUCACAGUUUGCUAAAGACAGUGGGGAUAUUUUGAACCUCUUUGGUGGCUCCCACUAUUCUUCUGAUCAUGCUUUGGUGAACUACAGGGUGAAGAAACUUGCUUAUGUCUGUAUUCAGGCUAUACAUCAUAAUAGACAUCAGUUAAAGGAUCAAUUGUUAUCAACAUCUUUGGACUCAAAUACACCAACAAGUAUCUUGUUGAAAGCAGCUGCAUUGUUGAUUGAUCCCAAGCUUCCUUGGUCUUGUAAGAUAGCCAGUUAUCUUUUGCAACAAAACAUAUAUAAGAUUUUCCGGGAGAUUGUUAUUACAGGAAGGGAAAGUUUAAACUCUGAAAGCCAAAUUGGAAGUGUAUCUUUAAUGGAGCGUGUUCUUGCCCUAGUUGUUACUCAUACUGGUCAAGGGCAUUGUGUUUGUCCAGAUAUUGACCUUCAAUGGAGUUUUGCCUCCCAAAUUCUAACAAUUCCUUUUCUAUGGCAGAUAUUUCCUCACCUAAAGGAGACUUAUGUUUCACAGGGGCUAUGUCAGUAUUAUCUUCAUAAAAUGGCAACAUGUAGUCAAAAUUAUGAAAAAAUAUUACCUGUUGACAUAUCAGCUGAGUUCCCUGGUUAUGCAUGUCUUCUUGGAAAUUUACUGGAAUCAGUUGGAGUUGCUUUGAGUCGCCCUUCAUGUUCUUACAAUAUGACUAUAGACUUUGCUACUGUUGCAACAUUGUUGCUGGAGGUACUUCCUCCUAUUCAAACAUCAAGUACAGGAAAUAGAGAAGAAAAUUCAAUAAUGGGUGAUGAUGAUAUGAUUAUUGAUGAUGGAUCAGUAGUAGUACCUCUUAAUAAGGAACUGGAAAAACAGAUUUCAAAUGCAAUCGAUCCACGCUUUCUUUUACAACUGACAAAUAUUUUGCUUGGAGGAUCUUCAUCUAAAGAUAAAAUUAAGGACACUGAAGCAGCAGCUGUUGGUGCAGCUUGUUCUUUUCUUCAUGUGACUUUCACCAUUUUUCCACUUGAACGUAUCAUGACAGUUUUAGCUUAUAGAACUGAAUUGGUAUCUGUACUCUGGAGUUUCAUGAAGCGAUGCUAUGAGAGCCAAAAUUGGUCUUCCUUGUCUGCCAUGUCAGCAUAUCUACCUGGCGAUGCAUUUGGUUGGCUUCUUCCUAUGGCAGUUUUCUGCCCUGUGUACAGGCACAUGCUUACAAUCGUUGACAAUGAGGAAUUCUAUGAACAAGAAAAGCCGUUGUCUUUAAAGGACAUUAGAUUAUUGAUUGUUAUCUUGAGACAGUCUUUGUGGCAGAUUCUUUGGUUAAACCCUGUGGCACCAAUGAAGUUUACUAAAAACAAUCUUUCCUUAAAGAAACACCGUGUAGAAUUUGUUCAGUAUAGGGUUAGUGUUGUGGCUUCUGAACUUCUUUCCCAGUUGCAAGAUUGGAAUAACAGAAGGCAGUUUGCACACCCAAGUAACUUCCAUGCUGAUGGUGUCAAUGAUCACUUCAUUUCUCAGGCGAUGAUUGAAAACACAAGGGCAUAUGACAUACUGAAACAAGCUCCUUUCUUGGUGCCAUUUACAAGCAGAGUUAAAUUAUUCACAUCACAACUUGCUGCAAUUAAGGAAAGGCCAGGGUCUCAUUCUCUUUUUAACAGAAGCACUUUUAAAAUAAGACGUGAUCAUAUAUUAGAAGAUGCUUUUAAUCAGUUGAGCACAUUACCAGAAGAGGAUCUUCGUGGAGUGAUUCGGGUUACUUUUGUGAAUGAAUUUGGAGUGGAGGAGGCUGGUAUUGAUGGUGGUGGAAUUUUUAAAGACUUUAUGGAGAAUAUCACUCGAGCAGCUUUUGAUAUGCAGUAUGGAUUAUUUAAGGAGACGAUUGACCACCUACUCUAUCCUAAUCCUGGAUCAGGAAUGAUACAUGAACAACAUCUUCAGUUUUUCCAUUUUCUUGGAAUUAUACUCGGAAAGGCAAUGUUUGAAGGGAUUCUUGUUGAUAUACCAUUUGCAACUUUCUUCUUGAGCAAACUAAAGCAAAAGCACAACUAUUUGAAUGAUUUGCCAUCUCUGGAUCCCGAAUUAUAUAGGCACCUUAUAUUUUUAAAGCGAUACGAGGGUGAUUUGUCAGAGUUGGAGUUGUACUUUGUUAUUGUUAAUAAUGAAUUUGGUGAGCAAACAUCAGAAGAGCUGAUUCCAGGUGGAAAGAAUAUACGAGUUGUGAAUGAUAAUGUCAUCACAUUUAUUCAUCUUGUUGCCAAUCAUCGCCUCAAUACUCAGAUUCGUCUACAAAGCUCUCAUUUCUUAAGGGGAUUUCAACAGCUUAUACAGAAAGAUUGGAUUGACAUGUUUAAUGAACAUGAACUUCAGCUUCUCAUAUCAGGAUCUGUUGAUGGAUUCGAUGUAGAUGACUUAAGGUCUAACACAAAUUAUGCUGGUGGCUAUCAUCGUGAGCAUUAUGUCAUUGACAUGUUUUGGGAGAUUCUCAAGAACUUCUCAUUGGAAAAUCAACACAAGUUUUUGAAGUUUGUGACUGGAUGUUCAAGAGGACCUUUGCUAGGAUUCAAGUAUUUGGAACCUUUAUUCUGUAUACAGCGGGCUGCUGGUAGUGCCUCUGAAGAAGCUCUUGAUCGGUUACCAACAUCAGCUACUUGUAUGAAUCUUUUAAAGCUUCCUCCAUAUAGAAGUAAAGAGCACAUGGAGCAGAAGCUGUUGUAUGCUAUAAAUGCGGAAGCGGGAUUUGAUUUAAGCUAAACAUUUCAAAAAAAAAAAAAAAAAGAAAAAAAAUGCUGUGUGGUAAAUUAAAUUACAUUGCCUAAAUCGACCCAUAGAAGGGGUGAGAGCAUGGUGAUUUUGUACAUAAUGUGGUUGCAAGGUUGCAGCAGCUACAAUGUAUACCAUUUGUUUGCCAAAUAUUGCAACAAUGGACAUAAAAUAGUAGAGCCUAGUUUGUAUUGCUUGCAAAAAGAAAAAAAAAAAGAGGCUUUGGUUUGUAGAUAAGAUUGUAUUUCAAUUUCUAAAUCCAUGGUCCCAAUCUAUGGC